GAUGGACUCCAUGUCGUAGCUGGAGGGAUCCAGAUUGGAAGAGUUUGUCAGUGUCAGGAUUUACGGUACGAGUAAAAAUGUGAUGGAGGACAUCCAUCUUCAGUUUUAUUUAUACUUUAUAAGAGGUUGUAAACAUCAGCCUCGUAUAAAGUAUCACAUUCCUGUGAUGAGGCGGAAAGAGUUUGGUGUGACAUGUUGUGUGUGGAAGCGUCGGCAGACUGUUUUUGCUCUGGCUUUUGUGAAUCUUCAGAGGGAACGGCGUUGACUGAUCUAAUUGGAGUUCAUUUUUUGAUUUACUUGUCUAACUGUGGGAAAACAAAGUGACGGAGGGCAAAGUCCAUCUGGACACAGCGUGGACACAGAGUAGAGCAAUGAGGUGAAUGUCCACAGAGGCUACACACACACACACACACAUAGUCUCAUUCAACACAACGACAGGGAGAGGAAUCUAUUAGGAGGGCAAUUUUGAAAUUAGCACGGACACUAGACGUGAUGACUGGGUUUCACAGUAGAAUAUGACUUUAUGAGGAAUUGACGAGGUGAGUUACAUUCAUGUUUCUCUGCGGAUUCUUUUUUUUCCCCCUUAUUUCUCGAAUGAAAUAAAUGUGUCAGACAUAUGAUUUGUAGACAUUGUAAUAAACAAGGAAGUUAUUUUGUUAUUGACACGAUUACUGUCGUGUGUAAUGUGAAUUUCUCUUGUGUCCACAUUGUCACCAAAUAACAGAUCUGUGUGUCCAAGCAGCAGCAUCUGCACAAAAUGACAAGUUUACGGAGAUGGAGGCCAGGACGGUGUACCAAAACUGCAGAGAGACUGUUGUGUGCUCAUGCUCUGAAGCCCUUGGUCCCCGCCCUCUGCCUGGUUGCCGUGGUGAUAUAUAUCCUGGCUGACAACCUCCGAAACUUUGUGGCCAGUAUCUUCAUCCCCCAGUACCAUUAUCCGUUUGCUGUGGCUCUUUGCUUCGCCCAGGUUCUGAUCUCCUUGUUAAUCCUAAAUCUGCUGCACGUCCUGAAUCUGUUGCCUGUAAAACAUUACUCUUGGUCCCUGGGUGAGAGGCUGCUGGUUCCUUCUCUGUGCACCAGCAUCCACGCCGUGCUCGCUCUGUGGGUCCGGGCCAGCAGCUCGUACAGCGGCCUCUUCGCUCUCACUCAGCCUCUGCUGCCGCUGUUGACUGUCGCCUUUAGUUUUGUCCUGAAGCUGUCAUCGCUGCCGUCUAUUCACAGCUCUGUCCUGAUCUCCAUCCUGAGUGGGACAUCUGUUGUCAUCACAGUUUCCAAUGGUCUCUCAGUUGUUGAACCUCUGGAGUACAUGUAUGCACCUCUGGCUUUACUCCUCCACAGUCUCUCUCUGAGCUGGCUGGCUAAAGUAUCUGAGGCUGAGUGCCUCCACCCCUCUGAUGCCCAGCUGUCCAUUUUUGACAUCUACUACACACAGCUGGUCAAUCAGAGCUGGGUGCUGGGCGUCCUGUGGCUGCUGCACCCGGACAGUCCGUGGAAGGUGUUGAGUGUGGGGAGCUGGCACAGCCUUCUCUUCCAUGGAUACCUGCUCGCUCUUCUGCUGCUGGGGAUGACGCUGAACCUCCUGGUUUUUCUGUUCACCCUGUGUUACUCGCCACUCUGCGCCGCGAUGCUCCACUCAGCAGGGCUGACGGUUCAGCCGCUCCUCUCGCUUCUGUAGUGGCACUUCAAGAACACACAUUCACACGUCAUUAUGUGUUUUUACCGAAUUUUGUGAACACAAACCCUCUAACAAGUUUGUUUGGACUAAAUUCUGGUGGUCAAAAGUCAAUAUUUAUAUAGCACUUUCCUAGUGAUGACCACUCAAGAUGUUUGAGUCAUUACAGUUUUUAUGUAACACAUACUCAUUUGCAACCUGCUGAUCAGCCAUCACGAGCAAUUAAGGAAUCUUGCCUGGACACACAUAGACUAGAAGACCUGAGGAUUGAACCCUAACCUUCCGGCUUCAAGGCGACCCGCUCUGCCGCUGAUCCAUACUCGUCAAGCUCACCGUGACUGCAGAAAUAUAUUGCCUCCGAAAGCCACUAGGCAAUCCUUUCAGAUUUGAUGCCUUUAUACUCAAGGAUGAACUGAUUUGAGUUUAGGGGUCAAAGGUCAAAGUUCACUGUGACUACAGAAAUCCAGUCUCAGGAAUGCCAUGAGGGAAACCUUUCAAAUUUAGCACAUAUGUUGAUUUGGACUGAAGGACGAACUGAAUUGAUUUUGAUGGUCAAAGGUCAACGUCAACAUCGUGUCACAAAACGUUUUUUUGGGUCUUUUGAAUGUUUAAGUUAUUUAUAAGUCAUCAUGUACUGUGUGCAGUAAAUUGUGUAGACUGAAACAGUCUACACCAGCGGUGAAAAAGUCUCGUAUUCUGUGACAAAUAAUUACUUCUUCUUUUUUUUUUGACCUGUUUUCUGUUAGGAAAAAAACAAAGGGUGUCAUCAUGCUCUAAUUGUUUAUAGCCAAAUAAGUGAAUAGAGUAAAUGAACACCAGUGUCUGUGGUCUGUACAGGACACAGUGACAUCUCUCUCCCAGCUGGUUAAAGUACAUGAGUGUGAGUCGGCGGCUUCAGCUUCAAACAAUAAGGGUUAAUAGAGGUUUUGUUUUGUUUGUUUUAGAGAAGUAGCACAAAGUUCCACAUUCCACUGAAUGAAUUUUCAACCAAUACUUUGUGAAUGAUGAAUGAUGAAGAACAAUUAAGGUCGGGGUUGUUUCAGACAAUUGAACUCACUUAGUCAC